UUUUGCCUGCUCUGACCUCUGGCGUCCGCGUUACUUCCGUGUUCCGCUCACCUGUUACACCUGUGUAACAGCGCUGCGCGCGCGCGUCUCCGGCUCAGUCGGUGCACCUGUUGCUUUAUUGCGCCAUGACCGAGGAGUUCACGGCGUGUGACUUGACGUACCCGUCCUCACCGGGGGCCCCGGGAGAGGCCCCGAGAAGUGCGGCGGACGCGGGGAUGAGCUGCGAACAGCCCAUUUUCUCCGCGUUAAUAAGCGGCGGCGGCGGCGGAGUGAAGCCGGCGGCGUCGAGCUCGUGCGGCGACGGAGCGACGUCUCCGGCCGCGGCUACUUCGGACACGGAGUCUGGGAUCUUUUCUGGUGAAUGCGAGCUCUGCGUGCAGCAUGAAUCUGAACUGGACUGGUUCUGCGGUACCGAGCAGAAACUCAUCUGUUCUCACUGUGCCAUCGUGGGCUCCUGCCACGGACACACUGUGACCCCUCUGUCCACCAGAGUUACCACAGUCAGGAACCAACUGGUGGACGCGUGUGAGAAAAUGCAGCUGCAGGCACUGAGGAUUGAGAAGUUCAUUAACCAGACGCUCGCAGCCAAAGAGCAAAAGCUUCAGGCCGCGGCCAGCGCAGCCAGGGACCGGGUUCUGGCUCAGGUCAGCGCGGCGCGCGAGGCCCUGGAGGAGGAGGAGCAGCGGCUGCUGGAGCGCGUGCAGAGGGAGGAGGAGCGCGUGGAGCAGUGCCUGCUCACGCAGCGGGCCCACUGGGGCCAGGCGCUGGCCAGCCUGACGCAGACGCGCUCCCGCCUGGUGCACACGCUCACGCACACCCCCGACGCACAGCUGGUGACCAACAUCCAGGACAUAGCUGAAAGGGUGGAGGAGGCAGAAGGCGUCGGGGAGCCCUGCGACACAGACAAGCUCAACAUGAACCCAGGCUGCGGCGAGAGCCGGCUGCUCCGAGGCCUGUGGGCCACCGCGGUGCUGCUUGGACCUAACGCUUACGGGUCGAGCCAUUUGAGGUUCGACGGGCGCACAGUGAGCCCCCUCCUCUCCCUGUCCGACGACCUGUGCACCGUGACCUUCCUGCACAAAAAGCCCCGGCAGGCGCUUCCCUACGACCCGGCGCGCUUCGACUGCUGGCCCAACGCGCUGGGCUCGCUCCCCAUGUCCUGCGGCACCCACAGCUGGGUGCUGGACGUGGGCGAGAGCGGCGCCUUCAAGGUCGGCGUCUGCUACGCCUCCCUGGAGCGCAAAGGUUCUGGGAACCAGGCCCGGCUCGGGGAGAACAGCCAGUCCUGGGUGCUGUCGCAUUACGACGGGGACUACAGCUUCUGCCACGCGGGGAAGAAGGUGCCGCUGCAGGUGGCGAGGAGGCCUCAGAGGAUCGGCCUGCUGCUGGACUGGCCGAGUCAGACGCUGCUGUUCUACGAGCCGGAGUCCGGCGCCGUGCUGUUCUCGGUCACACAGCACUUCAGCGCCGCGCUGCUGCCGGCGUGUGCCGUGACGGACCAAAGUAUCACCAUAGUGCACUGACACAAGUCACCAAACGGCCUUUAACAUGUGAAGACUCCCAGCUUUUAAUUAGCAGCAGGUCACGACCCUCAGUCUGUGAAAUAAGGAAGAUGUGGACACUUUGCUAUUUAUUAUUAGUAGCUGCCUACAUUUAAGCGGAAAAUUAUUUCUUUCAAUUUUUAUUUGUUUUAGAUUGUGAUACAGUGUUGUUUUUGUCUGUUGAUGACAUUGUGUAUUAGUUAUUGCUAUUAUGACUGACAAUUAUUGUUUUUGUAUAAGUUUGCUGUGUUUAAGAAUGAAUGUUUCAGAAUCAAUUCAUACUAUCCUGGUUGAUCCAGGACUGUUUUCAAUGUAAAGUUAAAAAAAACUAGAAUAAUAAAACACUUUUAUAUAAUGAUUGUGUUUUUGCUCAGUAAUAAAACAAAAACAAAUUA